AUGGCAGGAACUGAAGAUGAAGUGGAAAAAGCUUCUCGCAGUAAUGAUUGGGAGGUCGUAUCUCUCACGGCGUCAACUUAUGCAGCUGCACCUGGUCCGGGUAAAGUUGAGUUGAAGGAUGAUGAUAAGGAAGAUGCAUAUGCACCAAAUGAAGCUGAGACAUCAAACGCUUUGUUCAUGUCUGGUCACUUUGCGUUUCCACCCAGUCGGCAUGAAAAUUUGCCAUUGGAACCUGAUUAUGGUGAGAUUCAAAAUGAAUCUGGAGAUAAAGAUAAUGCCUCUGAAGAGACUCGUGAAGAAGCUACCAGGCCUAGUGGAAAGGAGGAAGAAAACUUGACAUUAGCAGGGUUGGAUGUGUCAAAGGAGUUUGAGGGUAUGCAAUAUUAUGACGAGAAAAUCAACGAAUUAUCUGUUCAUGGAAAACAGUUUGAGGAAAGUACAGCUCUACCGGAUUUUGGUUUGACUGUAAAAGAGGAAAGUAUGUAUCACCCUGCAAAAUACACUUCUUUCCCCAGUGAAACAGAUAUUGGAACUUUGACAGCAUAUGGUGAAAGCAUAGUUGAGUCUGAAACAACCGAAUCAGCAGAGCAAGGGACAAAUGUAUCUCCUGAUGAUUUAUCACUGUCAAAGAACUCUUCCCAUGAUGACAAACAAAACCCUUCAGAUCUUCCUUGCAGAGCUUGGUGGAAGCGAAGAGCUGCCUCCAUAUAUGCUCAUGCAAAGGAGGCAAAUACAUUUUGGUCUGUUUUCAUUGCGGCCACAGUGAUGGGUCUGGUGAUGCUUGGUCAACGCUGGCAACGCGAAAAAGCUUUACAGCUUAAAUGGCAAAUCAAUAUCACUGAUGAGGCAAAGAGCAGGGCGCUUUCUCCCAUGAUUCGACUCAAAGAUGUGAUUGUUGGUGGCGGCCACCGCCGUGGCUCCUUUAUCAGGGAAAGCUCCCUCGCCGAAAGUUAA